CUAAAUCCAGACAGGCACAUGGGAGACUGGCAGCCCUGUGGGUAGGGAUGUGAGCGGGGAAAAAAGCAACAUUGGUUGCAUUUUUGGAAUAGCUCUUUUGAUGCUGAACCUGGGAAAUCAUGAGAUGACUUUUAACAAAAUUCCCGGGAUCCUGGAAAUUUGCUGUCUUCUCAGUGGAAUUUUUCCAUACAAGUCUCAUGUCAGUCAUGGUAGUUGACAGAAAGUCUUAACAAAAUAUUCUGAUGAAUGUCUUGGACAUGUUGCAAGUCAAUGAAGAUGUUCAAGCCCUGUGCAGAAGAGGUCAAAGAAAUCCUUGGAGAAGGCAAAACUGAACUGUUGUUUGGCAGCAGCAUCUGUCCAAAGCCCUUAAUACUGCCUAGAGCUUGUGCAGCAGGUGCCACAGCCAGGCUUGUGGAGCAGAAUGUACGCUACGAAGCGGCUCAGGGAAUAAAUGGAAGUGUGCCACUCAAACAGUCCCCACGUUCAGCUGCAAGUCCAAAGCCACAAGUGCCUCCAAAGCCAAUUCACCUGCAGAAGGCAACAUACCAAACCCCUAGGCAUAAAGCUUUAACAAAUCAGAAACCAAGAAUGGAGGAAGAGACACCUGCUGCUGUUUCUAGUGUCACAAAGGAAAAGUCCAGUAAAGUGUCAGAUCUCAUCAACCAUUUUGAGGGAGGCAGCUCACUGAAUCCUAGCGAUUUCAAGAAAGAUUCCUCCAUUCUCCACAUUACUAAAUCUCAAGGAAGAUAUGGGUCCACACCAUCACCUCAGCCAAAACUCCUCUCCCAGCACUCACUACAGAAACAGGGAAACAGUAACACUGACAAAACUCAGGUUGCACAGCUGCCCAUGGCCAACGGCGUCGUAGCGCAGGACCAGGCGGAGGAAGAGGAGCGGCGAUCGCCGGACCGCAGCUCGGCCGUGCCCACCCCGGUCCCGGAUGAUGCCAUGGACAGCAGCUUGACAAACGGGGAAGGAGAAAGCACUCACAGAGAGUCCUUGCAAAGUGUGGCUGCCUGUGAGGAGCAGAUGCUCAACAGCUGCCACAGGACUCCGAGCAGUGACACGCUGCUCCUACCCGAAAAUGAAACUCUAGGAAUUGAUACUGAUGUCAAGGAAGAACCAGCUGAGGAAAGCAGUAAACAAGAUCAACCUGUGGAAAUAAAGGAGACUGAUGAGCAGAAACGUCACAAAAUUGCCAAUGAACUUCUGCAAACAGAAAAGGCCUACGUUAGCCGACUUGACCUCCUAGAUGGGGUAUUCUACUCCAGACUCCUUGAGGAAGCCAAUAGAGGUUCAUUCCCAACUGAAGUGAUUAAUAAAAUAUUUUCUAACAUUUCAUCAAUAAAUGCCUUCCACAGUAAAUUCUUACUUCCAGAACUUGAAAAAAGAAUGCAAGAAUGGACUACCACCCCUAGGAUUGGAGAUAUUCUGCAGAAGUUGGCUCCUUUCCUCAAGAUGUACGGCGAGUACGUGAAGAAUUUCGACAAUGCAAUGGAACUGGUGAAAACGUGGACUGAGCGGUCACCUCAGUUCAAAUUCAUUAUUCAAGACAUUCAGAAGGAAAAAGUGUGUGGAAAUUUGACAUUGCAACAUCACAUGCUAGAACCAGUCCAACGCAUUCCACGCUACGAGAUGCUUCUAAAGGACUACCUAAGGAAAUUGCCUCAGGAUUCCCUAGACUGGAAAGAUGCUGAAAAGUCCCUGGAAAUUAUAUCCACUGCAGCAAGUCACUCAAACAGUGCAAUAAGAAAGAUGGAGAAUCUAAAGAAAUUGUUGGAGAUCUACGAGAUGCUGGGAGAAGAGGAAGACAUCGUGAACCCUUCAAAUGAGCUGAUCAAAGAAGGACAGAUCCUUAAACUGGCUGCUCGCAACACGUCUGCCCAAGAGCGCUACCUUUUCCUGUUUAACAAUAUGUUGCUCUACUGCGUCCCCAAAUUCAGCCUGGUAGGAUCCAAGUUCUCGGUUCGAACCAGAGUUGGCAUAGAUGGCAUGAAGAUUAUAGAAACCCAUAAUGAGGAAUAUCCACACACUUUCCAAGUGUCUGGAAAAGAGAGGACACUGGAGUUGCAGGCCAGUUCUGAACAGGAUAAAGAAGAAUGGAUAAAGGCACUUCAGAGUACUAUUGAAGCUUUUCAGCAGAGGAAUGAAACUUUCAGAAAUGCUAUUGCUAAAGAAUAUGAAGACAUGCCUGUUGAAGUCUCUAAUGCUGAGCUUGGGAAGAGAGCGCCGAGGUGGAUCCGGGACAACGAGGUCACCAUGUGCAUGAAAUGCAAGGAGCCCUUCAAUGCGCUGACGAGGAGGAGGCACCACUGCCGGGCGUGUGGACAUGUGGUUUGCUGGAAAUGUUCUGAUUACAAAGCACAUCUCGAAUAUGAUGGCAAUAAAUUGAACAAAGUCUGUAAGGAUUGCUAUCAUGUUAUAAUUGGUUGUACAGACAGUGAAGAAAAGAAGAGGAAGGGCAUCUUGGAGAUUGAAUCUGCAGAAGUCUCUGGAAAUAGUGUCAUAUGUAGCUUUCUUCAGUACAUGGAGAAGUCCAAGCCCUGGCAGAAGGCAUGGUGUGUCAUACCCAAACAGGAGGCUCUUGUGCUCUACAUGUACGGUGCUCCACAGGAUGUGAAAGCUCUGGCUACAAUUCCUCUUCUGGGCUACACAGUGGAUGACACUCCAAAAAGUGCUGACCUCCCCCACAGCUUCAAACUGACCCAGUCCAAGUCUGUGCACAGCUUUGCUGCAGACAAUGAAGAACUGAAACAGAAGUGGCUAAAAGUUAUCCAUUUAGCUGUCAAAGGUGAGACACCAGAAUGUCAAAAUGAACUGCAAGUGAAUUUAGAAGAGCAGCCUGAAUCUUCUAAAAGAUCUGAAUUCUGAAGCACAGGAACACAUGGCAUUUUUAAAAAAUGUUAGUUGAAAUUGUGGUUAACCUUUGUGUUAACCUUUCUUUGCUCAAUCAAGGAAAAAAAAAAAGAAAAAAAAAAAAAAGAAACUUCUUACUACCGUACACAUCUUGGCACUUUAUGUUUGGGAAAGAAUUCUGGUCUUUUUAGGGAUCUUUUUCUUAUAUUUAUGUUCUGUCAAUAAAAGUGAUGUACAGGUCGAUUUCAGAGACUUUUUAAAAAAAUGUGAAUGCUAUUAAAAAUACUUACUAACUUUACUGUACUACUUGUUCAUUGUAAUGCAAUUUUUUUUUUUUAAAUCCAGUUGCUCUUCAGUUAACAUUUGCUACUUUCCUUAAGAAUGCAAAUAUUUGAAGCUUCCUACUUACAUGUUAGGACUUGCAACAGGAUAAAAGAUAUACCUCCACAUUGCCAAAAUAGAUCUGUACUUAAAUAUGCAGGGACAGUUUGGUUCAGUGUAUGUAGUUUAUAGAUUGAUUUCCAUGGUUCUGUACAUAUGUUGUAUUUACUUGUAUCUUUUUAAUUAAAGUAAUGCAAAUUGCUUUCACAGGUAUAUUGGCUUUUAAGGUUUCAGUUUAUCAAGGAAACAAUCUAAUGAUUUUCAAUGUAGAAAUAAAUACCUAAAAUAUGAGAAAACUAUAUAUAAUAUAUGUACAGUGUUAAAAAUGUACAAUACUUGAUUAUUGCUUUGAUUUCAUGAUACUGGGUUCUUAUUAGUGAAUAAUUUAUUUUUAAAAAAGCAUGUUUUCUAUUUGAAAUUAAAUACAGUCCUAAAUUGAAAAAUACUGUUCAGUGAUUUGUUUUAAUAGCUGAAACUUAAUGAUCUUGAUAUUUUUAUGCAUCAAAAAAUUAGCAGUAAUGUAAGUGGCAUGCAAUGGAGAAAUGAGUUCCAGUUGUGAUUAAACAAGUAGUCGCUUUUCUUCAGUGUCCUAUCACUGUUAGCUUUUAAGAGUGCAGUAGUUUGUUGCUCAAAUGCAGUAUGUGGUUUGAGAAAAGCAACAGAUUCUAGUAACCUUCUGGGAAUGUGUAUUUUUGCUAUUAUGGUUAUUGGAGCAAAAGAACAAUUUGAACUUAAGUUUUUUCAUUUUUCUAGACGAUUAGGUAUUGUAAUGCUUAUUUAUGACAACAGCAUUCAAGGAUUCUUGUUUUAAAGUGGAGCCUGGUUUAUAAAAAUUUCGUAUGAAGUCUGAGCUUGCAAAUCUGAAAUUUUAUGAACUAACAUUAUUUUUUUUCUGUUUCUGGGUAUAAGGACUCACUGGCUUUACAAUAUUAAGCUCCUUAUGAACUUCCAUUCCUAUUAGAAUUUUUAUACAUAGAGACAAAUGACUUCCAUAAAAUAUUACUGUAAUAUCCUUUAGUGAAAUAUGGCAAAAUCAGAGGUAGUGAUUGACUAUCAAUUAAAAUCAUUGCUGUCUUUCCUUAUUGAAACCUUUUAAGGAAGGAAAAUAUGUAACUUCUACAAUCAGCUUGUCAUAAGAACAUUCAGAAGUCUUACUUCUCAAUAAAUCUGCAAUUUGUAUUUUAAUUCAUGUCAAGCUGAAGAGCUCAGGUUAACAUGACAGAUUUAAAUUGUUGGAUUUAUAUAAUGAGUUUGCCAAGCAAACUGUCCACUGAACUCCUACUCCUGCUUUACUCUUUCUGCAACAUUAUAGGGAAAAAAAACCCAAAACCAACUCAUUUUGCAUUUAGCAAGGGACUCAUACCUGUUUGUAGUGUCAAGCACACAUGAGCAUGCAGUGUCCAUCAUUCCUUCAUAAGUAUGUACCUUAAUGUUAGUGGGAUGGAUUUUGCUCUCACCUGCACAGAUCCAGGAUCUACCAUAUCCUUUAGAUUCCACAGCUUGACACUAGUGUUAAUAAUGAUCAGGACACGGUACGGUACUAACUCUCCAGCUGACUUGGUGCAUGUCCAUUCUGAAUUCUCUUCCUUGGGUGCUCCCUGGGUCCAGGGAUUGUUCUGGAUAUAACCCUAGUAUUGCUUUUAUCUGAUGUGCAAGCUCUUCUGAGCUUGCAAAUCUAUAAUUCUCUGAGAUUUUAAGUUACUUCUGCUGGCAGCUGUAUUUACCUUUAGCAAUGGGCAGCUCAAGCCUGGUUUGAUUCAUGUUAGUGAAUACCAUCAGAUUUUUGCCAAGGUAAUAUAAGAUCUCCCUAGCUAAUAUAUGUAAUCUUACAUAUACCUUGGCAAGGGAUGGGGGAGCAUUCAGGUAAGCAAGCAGAACUCUUGGUGGCUAUCUUUCCUUCAUGGCCAUCUCCCAAGGGUGGGUAUCUUCUACAAGAGCCUUAAGUGCAAUUGUGGGAUAUGGAGAGUUUUCUUCCUACAUCCCAAUGUAUAAAAAGUUUCCCAUGGUCAAGGUGUUGAGUGUAGAGGAAGAAGUUGCUUUAAAGGAGUUCUCAGACAGGAAGGACUGAGCUAUAGUGAAAAUAUGAUGAUAUGACUGUAGAGUCAAUUAGGUUGGAAAAGAUCACUGAGCCCAACCAUUGCCCAGCACUGCCAAGUCCAUCACUAAACCAUGUGCCACAUCUACACACCUUUUAAAUACCCUCAAGGAUGGUGACUCAACCCUUUCCCUAGGCAGCCUAUUCCAAUGCUUCCCCUCUGUUUUGGUGACAAAAUAUUUUCUAAAAUCCAAUCUAAAACUCCCCUGGUGCAACUUGAGGCCAUUUCAUCUUGUGCUUAUUGCUUGUUUCUUGGGAGAAGAGACCAAUCCCCUCCUUGCCGUCAUCUCCUUUCAAGGAGCUGUAGAGUGAUAAGGUUCCUCCUGAGCCUUCUUUUCUCCAGGCUGAACACCCCCAGCUCCCUCAGCCACCUCUCACAGGACUCAUGCUCCAGACCCUUCACCAGCUCUGUUGCCUUUCUCUGGGCUUGCUCCAGCACUUCCAUGUCCUUCUUAUCCUGUCUUUCAUGUCCCAGAACGGGACAUGGCAUUUGAGGCAUAGCCUCGCCUGUGCCAAGUACAGGGGACAGCCACUGCCCUGGUCCUGCUGGCCACACUGUUGCUGGUACAGGCCAGGACACCCUUGGCCUUCUUGCCCACCUGGGCACACACUGGCUCUUGUUCAGCUGCUGUCAAACCAGCACUCCCAAGUCCUUUUCCACCAGGCAGCUUUCCAGCCUUUCCUCCCCAAGCCUGUAGUGCUGCAGGGAUUGUUGUGACCCAGGUGCAUGACCCAGCACUCAGCCUUGUUGAACCUCUUUGAGCUGGCUUUACCCAUUGAUCCAGCCUGUCUGGGUCUCAUUACAGAGCCUUCCUGCUCUCCAGCAGGUCUGCAUCCUACCCAGCUUGGUGCUGUAUAGUACAUUCUGUUUCCUGCUGCAAAUCUCAUUCUAAGCCAGGCAGGGAGCCCCAUUCCAGUUAAAUGGUUAGAAGUAGCAGUUUCUGUGCUGCCUCAUUGUUAGAGUGGUAUUGAGCAGUUGAAGCUACUUGAAUGGCAGCAUCUCCCAGAUGAAGGCCAGCAUUUGGGCACAAGCAGUUUGAAAUGUGAGUUGUUUGUUUGGAUGUUAGCCUCACGUUUGCUCUUGGCCAUUAAAUUUUAUACAGCACAGGAUAUUUUAUUUAUCCUAGUGAAACCUGUUUCAUGUUCUCAUAAUCAAUUGCUUGGUCAGAAUUGUUCUCUUCUGAGUCAGAAUGCCUUGGCACUCAAAUACACGGUUUUGUGGGAAAAGUAUGUAUUACCAAUAUUAAAGGACAUCAGAAGAUAGAGAAACUCUAAAUUUAACCAACCUGCUGUCUUCAUUCUCCACAGACAAGCCCUCCUAAGAACAGCAUCCCAAACUUACACUUUAAAUUGUAAAUUAUGACUGCAGAGGAACAAAUACAAAGUUGUAGCUGCUGUGGUUUAAGAAUUAUGACGAAAGCAGUGAAAUUAAAACCAUUAUUCUAACAAGGUAGAAGCUGUUCCCAUUUGAAAUAAAUUCUUAAAUUCUUCAAGGAAAAGAAAAAGGCAUUAAAUGUGUGAGCAUAAAGCUGUGUGUGUAAGGAAUAAACUGUAACUAAGUAUUCGUUCAUAAUGCAUAAAUGCAUGUGAAUGGCUCUGCUGCAUUAAGUUUUGCAACUCUUGUGUUCAAGUAAUGCCUUGUUUCUCACUUUAAAAGUGAUCACUCUUCUGUAUGAUUUAAAGCAGAUCAAAAGUUAUUUUAGUGGUUUUAUCUGUGUUCAACCAGAACAAGAUGAAAAUUUAUCAUUCAUAUUUUUGGAUCAUAGCAAUAUAUUUUUUGAAAUUACUUAUUUUUUCCCCAUACCAUGGGAAUAGUGUAUCAUGAUAUCUUCAUGUCUGCACCAUUCCUCCAGACCCUCUAAAAAUUCUUGUUUGGUAUCAGGUACUCUUACUUGGUUGAAGAGCUGCUAUAAAACCUGUAUUGUGUAGUAUUUUCAAAUCCCUUUAUGACGAGUAGUUUUGGUUUUUUUCUAAGUGUAUUUAACUUAUAUGUGCAAAAUAGAUAUUGACAGUAAAAAACAUUCUCUUUGGAAUAGAAUAUUAAACCACUUUAAUUGCAUGUAUAUAUGGUAGCAUCUUUUUAUGCAAAACCAUCUCAAAGUGCUUUAUAAAUCUCCUCAAAGAUUCUAACCCAAGAAGAUUUUUAUUGCUCAUGUUUUUAAGUUAUGGAUGAAGGCAAGGCACUGAUUAAAUACAGAGUAAAUACACUACCACCUAAGUAAAAUUCAGGUGAGAUUAUAGAAGUAUGCUCCAUAGACUUCCAAGUGGAGUCAGAAGGAAAAAGAAUAUAUUAAAACAAGUGAGAAAGUGGAAACACUUGACAGGUUGUUUGCGUUCCUCACCACAUAGCUAGUAUAAAAAAAUCAUCAGUUUUUCAUUUCAAGGAAAGAUUAAAUAAAAUUAAGAGAAGGUAGUUAUUUCUUAUACUGAAGGAAAGACUUUCUGGAAAGAAAUAAACAUUCCAUGUAAAAAUAACCCUAAGCAAUAACAAAAGGUCUUUCUCCAUGUAGCUGGUAUAAACUAGCAUGGGCCUGCUGGAGCUAUUAUACCUUCAGUGUUUUAAAUUCACAUAGAAUCUGCCUUACAUUAUAUAAGAACACUUCUGGAAGGUGAAACUUCCUAGUUAGGGAGGUGCUGAGACACCAGGUCUCACCUGGACUCACAGAGCUCAGGUGAACCUCAGGUGGAGGUAAUGGAUGUAGGGAUGGAUGUAAACGACUGGAAAUAUAUAUCCAAAAGUAAAUGACUGGAGAGAAAAAUUUUGUGGCAGAACUCACUACCCUUAAGGUAAAUCCAUUGGUGAAAUGGGCAUCAUUCUUAGUCUCUGUGGUGUACUGUUAUUUGAAAUCUGAAAUUAAAUACAUGGGGUUAAUGCUUUUUGCUCUCGUCUGUGGCCCUGUUGGUUUGAGGAAUUUACCUAGCUGGUUCUGACCCAUGGGACUGUAGUCUGUUCCUCAGAUAGGAGUUGUAAUCUGCUAGUCAGAUUGUUUCCUAAAUCCUUUCCAUUUGACAGAUGAUAACAUUAAUUUAAUGGUUACAUAUGUGUGUGUAUAUACACAUGUGCACAUGUGUGUGUGUAUAUGUAUAUAUGUGUAUUUAUAUAUUUGAGACUAUUAUUCAGAUGACUUGUUUUCAAGCAGUAUUUUACAAUCAAAAAAAUACACUGUGCUGCAUUCAAAAUAGAAUGUAUAAUGACUGUGUUAAGUAUGCUUUCCAGAAAAAUAUGGAGGUAGAUCUGCUAUUGUGGCAUGUUUACUAUUUCAGCCUAUAAAAAUAAACACAGAAGCCCUGACAAACAUGCUAAUUCCAGUGAGGCAUUUCAAUCAGCUUCCUUUGAAACCUUGUGAUUAAAUUUCUUCCCAGAAUAAACUAUGGCAUUUUGUUUCACCCCUUCCUCGUCUUAGCAUAAGUGAAUCUAGAACGUGCUUUUUUUCUCAAAAUCCUCAAGCAGAUAUCUUUGAAUAAAACAUGUUUUCAGCCACUGUAUAACACCAACCUACUUCUGUUUGUACUUCAUCCUCGUAGAUUCAUUAAGUAUUUAUGGUGGAAACAUUCAGAAAAGAGGGAACUAUAUCAAAGCAUUUUUGCAUCUAUGUGCCCUGGUGUUUUUAAGCCAAAUUUGUUGCACAUAGAGAUCAGUUUGCAAUAGAAAUACUAUUUUUUUCUACCAGUGUAUUUUCUAUUCUGCAGCCCUUAAGGCAGAUUAAUACAAUAAUUUUAGUGGGAGCUGUAUCAGCUGUAAUGUUUGACAUCAGAGUUACAGGCUAUACAUGUUCAUUUUCCUUCAUUAUGGAAGCAUGUCUGAUUUUAAUUGCAAAAAGAUUUUCUUUAAAAAAAUAAUAAUUGGAAGCAUUGUAAAUUUGUUUUGGUUUUGCAAUAAAGUGAAUAAUACUAAAAAGGUGAAAUACAAAUGCCAUUGUAAGUUGUGCAAAUGUAAGUCAUCAUUUUUAUGGUUAAGAAUGGUUAUAUGAAUGUAAAAAAGUUGAAGAUAUUGUACAUUUUUUCUGUAAUAUAUGUACAUUUGAUCCUAAGGUGGGUGGAGAAUUGUAAAAAUGAAGCACUUUAAUUCAUGCUGAGUACUUAAAAAGAACAGAAAUUUGUAUCCUGUAAAAUAAAAGCAUCAUUAAAUAA